GACCGCAUCCCAAUUGACGAGUACCCUCAAGCCUAUGCAUUGGUAUUGGCCACGGUGGCACACGCCAAGUUGCUAUUUGCAGACGUUUUGGGCUCACGAGCUGAUCUAGAAGAGGCCGGAAAGCUGCUUGAAGGAGUAGACGGUGUUGACAAAAGCGUCAAUGCUGCCUUUUACGAGGUGAAGGCUGACUAUCACAAGCUAAAAGGCGAAUAUGCACCCUACUACCGGCACUCGUUGUUGUACCUCGCCUGCGUUGAUAUUGACACGGAUCUAUCGAGCAAGCAACGAUUCGAGAGGGCAAAGGAUCUGAGCCUGAGCGCAUUCUUGUCGGACAGCAUCUACAACUUUGGGGAACUGCCAAUACUCCAACAAUCAUACCCCUUCUUACGACAGAAGAUCUGUCUCAUGGCACUGAUCGAGGCGGUGUUCCGUCGAAAGUCGUCCGAGAGGACGCUUUCCUUCCAGACGAUCGCUGAAGAGACACAGACACCGCUAGUAGAAGUCGAACAUUUGGUGAUGAAAGCGUUGAGUCUAAAGCUGAUUGCUGGUACCAUAGACGAACCGGCAGCGAAAGUGCACAUAACAUGGGUCCAACCACGAGUCCUGUCACGUCAUCAGAUUGAAACCUUGUCAUCAACCUUAGGUGAUUGGCUAGAGAAGAUGUCCAAGCUGGAAAACUUCGUUAGAAUGAACGAGAGCAUGUGUGGUAUCGAUAGCAGUUUAGAUGGCCCACGAAUCGAAAGCGUUACAGCCGUACCCGUGUCGUAUCUCGACAUGCCCUCUCCCUCGCUCAGAUUGAGUUUCUCCGCGACCAACCCGAGUCGUUAUCUACUGAGAAUGUUUCGCUGUUUGGCUAGGAUCAUGUCGGGCUCCGUGGUGAUAACCAGCCGGGUGGAUUGCGUUCACCACGUUGUUUCCUGUCCGCUGCUCGCGCUGAAUGGGCCAAAGUGGCAUAGACGAAAAGAGUUCGAGCUUUGCCGUGUCCCUGCCCCUGAAUUCUUCGACUCGACCUUCAUCGUCCCAACAUUCCACUCUAGCCUUCCGUCGAGGCCCAACCCCCCAGACGAUAGCGAAAUCUCGUUCGCACUGUUUGCGGGUUCUGUCUUUCUCGUCCCAACCGUGUUUGCUGGCGCAGCCCAUUCGCCCAUCUCCCAAGCACACGACCGUUGGCGUCCCCAGAGACGUUCGAGCACAAUCGCAGAACGACCCGAAGCAGACUAUUCACGACUCUGA